GGAAUUCUUAUUUUGAAAGAUAAUGAAUGCAUAGCGUCUGGAUCUGCACCUUGUCUGAGCAGGCUGAAUGCGAGAACAUCGUCUGUUUCCAACAGAGAAGCUACCGACGAAGCUACGUUUUCGGGGGUAACACUUUUGUCCAACCCGGACAAGUGCAGCCAUGUGCGUUUUGUUGAGGAUGUUUGUUUGGCAACUAUUAGAAGCGGGGCUGAUGAGCAGGUGUUGGUGCCAGCUACGGGCUUUGGAAAUGAAGUUGCUAAGGCAGUAGUAGUGUUGGUCGUGGUGAACGGUUCAGAGAUGAUGACGUCAUUGUUGUUUACAUUGUUUGGCGUGAGGUUAUCUUCGAUCUGCGAUGUGCGUGAUAUUUCUGCAUAAGUUCUGCGCCGUUUCCGUGAAGGAAAGUUUUCGCCUUCAAAUUUAUCAUAGGGCUGAGCAGAGCCGUGGGAUGAUGUUGGGAAUGUUCCCCUGGUUGAGAAACUGUGAUGAAGCUUGGUGAAGAGUGAUCCAAUCAAAUCGUCCUUGAUAUUGUUGACGGCUGUGGAUUUAGCAGUUUGUAUGCCGACCAGGAGCUCGGUAUUCUUAGCUGGUUUGAUGUGGGGCUUAUUUAUGGCCGUUGUGCAGUCAGGACAGCUCCAGUGAAUCUCGGAGAGCUUGUUGAUUGCAGUUAGAAGUUCUGAAGGGAGUUUAGUGCACUCCAAGUGAAAAGCGGCCUCACAGAAGCGGCAUUUGAUUGUGGAAGCGUCCUGUAUGAUGGGAGUGGCAAAAGCUGGGCAGGAAGAUGCCAUUUUCAGGAUGAUGAUGACGUGGACUCAAGCGCAAACCGAAGCAAAUGAAUUUAUCGAAUUGCCGGAAAUUCACCACUAGAUCGCUAAUAACUGAACUUUACGAGCGUUACAAACUGUAGUGUGAAUUAGUUCCGAUGAAGUACGAGGGCAGAAUUAGCCUUUGCCAGUGCGAAUAAGUUAAUUUAACGCGGAGUGUUUCAAGGUGCCUUUUGCGCUUGUUAGCUGUCACUCUGGCUCUCCAAGAGUUUGGUUGAACACAAGUUUGGUGCGCGGAUUAAUUUGAGAAAACGUCCCCAAUAAAGCGUGGACGAUGCCGGUGGCAAUUUCAAUUUACGUCGCACGUCAUCUUGACAUCGUCAACCAUUUCCCACCUCACAAUGGAAACGCGGUGGCGGAAAACGGCGGUCAGAAACACGCGUCAGGACAACCGGAACCAUCGGUGGAACUGCAGCAUAUGGCGGCGGAUCACGUACACCACUAUCACCACCGUGAACGGCCCGGCCAUGGCUAUGUGGAGGACGUGAUCACGACGCAGGGCGUCCAGCCGCACCACAAGACCAGCUACGCCGAAACGAUGAUGCACCUGUUCAAGGGAAACAUCGGUACCGGUUGCUACGCGAUGGGCGAUGCGUUCAUGAACGGUGGACUGGUGCUGGCCACCGUACUGACCCUGUUCAUCGGGUUCGUCUGCGUGCACUGCCAGCAUGUGCUGUUGAACUGUGCCGAGCAGAUGCAGGCCCGAAAACGGGAAGAGGACGCAAAGGAGCAAACGCACGGGACGAUCGCCACGGUGGAAGCGAACAAUGGCAAACCGUUGGAGGUGAAGCCUACGUCCAAGGUACCGCCGGUGUCGGAACCGCUCGACUUUGCCGAUACGGUAGCACUCUGCUUCGCGUACGGUCCACCAUCCGUCCGACCGUGGGCAACGGCGAUGAAGAACGCGGUUAACAUCUUUAUCUGCGUGACACAGCUCGGCUUCUGCUGCAUCUACUUCGUGUUCAUCAGCUCGAACUUCAAGCAGAUCGCCGACCGGUACGAGAUCGAGCUGGACGUGCACGUCCACAUGGCGCUGCUCGUGGUACCGAUCGUGCUGACCUCCAUCAUCACCAAGCUGAAGUUCCUGUCGUACUGUUCGCUCGCCGCCAACGUCUUCAUGACGCUCGGCAUCGGCAUCACGUUCUACUACGCCUCCCAAGAGCUUCCCUCACUCGCGGAACGCAACCUCAUCGGACGACUCGACCAGCUGCCCCUGUUCUACGGUACCGCCAUCUUCGCCUUCGAAGGGAUUGCGCUUGUGCUGCCACUGCAGAACGAGAUGAAACAUCCGGCCGACUUUGGCAAACCGUGCGGUGUGCUGAACAUCGGCAGCUCCUUCAUCAUUUUGCUGUUCACCACGUUCGGAUUCUUCGGCUACUGGCAGUGGGGUGAAGCUGUCCAGGGCAGUCUCACCCUGAACCUGCCAGAUAAUGAGAUACUGGCGGAGAGUGUGAAGAUCAUGAUUGCUACUGGCGUUCUGCUCGGUUAUGCGCUGCAGUUCUUCGUCGCGAUCAUGAUCAUGUGGCCGAUGGUGGAAAGUCGUGUUGAGCUCGCUAGUCGACAUCCCGUACGCUGUGAGAUGGUGUUCCGUGUCAUUAUGGUGCUGGUAACUUUCCUGAUUGCGGAGUGUGUCCCAAACCUUGGUGCCUUCAUCUCCCUUAUCGGUGCCUUCUGCUCGUCCUCGCUGGCUCUCAUGUUUCCGCCCCUGAUCGAGCUGAUCGUUGCCUGGACGAAUGGGAAGUUGACCGUGUGGUUGGUGCUGAAAAAUGUCGUCAUUCUGCUGUUGGCUUUGCUCGGCUUUGCUACCGGAACGUACGAAAGCAUGUCUGCGCUUGCCAAAGAUUUUUAAACUCGUCGCACCGAGAGGGAGAGAGAAAGAGAGAGGCGCAGAGGUGCUCGAAAGCUUCAUCGAACGAGUGGGUGAUUGAAAGUUACCUUAGCUAAAACUGAAUCGUUGGUAGGAAUAAGCUACUCUACAUCGUUUUACAUUUUCAUUUGUUUUGUACGUUACUUGAGUAUGUGACAGAGUGUGUGUAUGUGUGUGUGCUGUGCUGCUUGUACCGGUUGUGCUGCAACAGAUACCCAAAUGUAUCUCGCUAGGAAGUAACAAACACCGUCCAUCGAUACUACUUAUCGAUAUACUAGCAUUGGCAGGGAAACAAGUUCUUAUGACGUUAUGGUUGUGUCCCACUAUUGGGCCAUUUUCAUGUCCAGUGAAGGAAGUAGAAGCAGAUGAAAAGACACACAAGACAGUACGGUUACACCUCGAAAAGUCGAAUAUUUGCAUCAUUCGCCCUGUAUGAUAAGUAUACUCUAUACAACGUUAGGUUUAAAUGCAAUAAGUUAUCCCAAAUACUGAGUAGCCUAUAA